GAAGAAUAUAGUGACUGUCCUUUUGUCAGAAUGUGCUCUACUUAUGGUAUGGUUUGGCGUGUCGAAUUCUUCAUCUUUAUGGUUUCGGGUUCAGCCUCAGACGAAAUUUAUUGAAACUUUGAUUCUUCUGACGACAUGUUCUUUGUCUAAAGAGGAGUGCGCACUCCACUGUCUGGGGCAUAGAAGCUGCCUAGGUGCAUAUUACUGCGGUAACACAAAGACUUGUGCUCUUACCAAUUUCAACUGUGCCGGCGUUCAGGCGGAGUUCCUGUUGAGUGACCCCAACUGCUCCUACUUAGAGGCAUGCAGUCGCACAGUAUCUUGUCUGGAAUGUGGAUGUAAAAAUGGCGGGACUUGUGUCCAAUUAACUGAGGGUUCCGGUAAAUGUGCCUGCCCUGUCCCUUACGGCGGAUUAAACUGUGAACUAACGUGUCCACCGCAGUUUGAGGUUUCGUUCAGGACAAGUUGCUACAGUUUCAACAUGACACUGAAAGGCAACUUCUACCAGGCUAAAGCCCACUGCGAGUCAAUGGGAGCGAGACUUGUCGCCGUUGACAAUGAAGAGGAACACACUUUUAUUAGACAACAUAUUAUGGCCGACGAAGCACGGAGUGCCGUCGGCUGGUGGACCUCACUAACAGAUGAUGCCUCUGAAGGUACCUGGGUAUUGUCCGGGUGGGGCGACAUUCCAGCACCGUUUAUUGCAUGGGGUCCAGGGGAACCAAAUAGCCAAGGGGGCAAUCAAGACUGUGUACAAUACCAUUCCAUCACCAAGCUUUUUGAUGACGAGCAAUGCAGUCGUACAAUUAACUUUAUAUGUGAAACAGAAGCGACCUAGAAAACGACGGAUACUGGGAAAAUAUAUACAGGAUACAAUCCGUAUGAGAACCUAUAUUUACACAAUAAUACGAUCUUUCUGGAUCUCAUUUUAUUCAUAUCUUCUAUAUUUAAAAACUAUACUUGUAUGGUUGGCGAAGUAUACUUCGUGUUGCCUAUGGUUUGUUGACUCCGGCUUGCAGACUGACUGUCUGUAAGAGAAAACACGACGGCCAUAUAACCUUAGGGAAUUUUUUUCAACGAGCUUUAGGUAAAACAUUUCAAAUGAAUUAGUUGUAGAGAAAAUACGGAAUCGUCAUCAUUCUUAAACGGCAACAUGGAUAGUUGUAUCAUGUUUUACGCUUUCAAGAUAAUGUAUAAGAUUUCUUCCGAUGCUGUUAUUGUUGUCAAUGUAGCUUAUGAGAUCAACAUUUUUAUGCUGCCUGCUGUCAAAUUUGCCUACGGAUACUUUUUCUAACGUCAACACUGCUGCUCUUUCCGUCAUUUUCUUACGUUACACCGUCCAUUAGUAAUGAAGACAUUUCUUAUCGGAUUGCUCUUUCAGAUUACUACAUACACCGUUACAUGAGUGGAAUUCUAUGGUUUUAUAUACAAAUGCAUCUUUCUUUUAAUGGGCUCAUACAUGCGAAUAAUAAGAUUGUCCGCCUUAAAACUAUAUUAGAUAAAACCUAGGAUUACAAACAUUGGUUGUCUGAACAUGCACUA